AUGUGGGCAACUAUGGUUAAUGAAAGUACAUCUGGCCGACUAGAAACAUAUCUGGACAAAUCACGAAAGAUACGUAGUAAGGUUAUCCCAUCCUUAAUGAGCAAACAAGUUAAAGAGUAUCAAGAUAGCAAUGACAACAUGUGUCGCAGUUUGAAAAUUCUUUAUGAGGAUGGCCUUCUUGCUAAAAAGAAGUAUAAGUCUAUUUGUAGAAAUGUCAAAGCAACAGUGGGUCAAUCAAUAACCAACCCAAAACUUGUUUAUUAUGACAAGUUGAUUGCCUUUAUAAAAUCAGUAGAUGUUCAAAAUGUUCAUGAUUUUGCAUCUGAGUUUAACAAGGAUACAAGUAAAUUUGAGGAACCAAUUAAUGGGUCCUAUAGGGAUUUCUGCAGUUACAUAAAAGUGUUAGCCGAACUAUAUAUACAAGUAGACCAAGCAUUAGGGUCCGAGUCGUUUUUCCAACAUUUUGGAGCAUUGCCCUAUCACUUUAGAAUUGCUAUUGGAGCGGAUGGCGCUCCAUUCGGAAAAGAUGAUGAAGCCACUGCUUCAUCAUCUUAUGUGGGUAAGCAUAUUCAAAGUGAAAGGGACAAUUUCCUUUUAUGUGGGGCAAACUGCUCAGAAGAUCACCCAAGCAUGAAACAGUAUGCAAAGAAAUUGAUGCAAGAUAUCGCACACAUUGAGACACAGUCAUACAUUAUCAGCGGUUUUAAUUGUAAAUCUACAGUUGAACUUGUUCCCUCAGAUAUGAAAUGGCUAUCCACAAUGAGCGGAGAGCUCAACAACGCAGCUUACUAUUUUUCCCCUUUUGGAAAUGUAAAUGAUGACAACAAACGGGUCAGAAAUGGAUCCCUAGGGGAUGAUCCGUCAUGUAGAUGGCAUCCCUGGAACUAUAACGAAAGGAUUAAGGUUGCUAGGGAAGUUGCAAAUAAGAGGGAGGAACUAUGCAGGUCCAAUAAUUCCAAUGCCACUAAGAGAAAUAAGCUUCUCAAUUUCAUUAGGGAGCAGGGGUCUAGACAGGAAUAUGAACCACUUCUGGGCAAAUUAGUACAUUGUGGGUUUGCACAGCCAUUGCAUAAUAGUAACAAUGCUUGGGCCUAUUUUCAUCAACUAAUGCUUGAAACAGCUUUGGCUAAAUCUUGCAUUACAGGAAGCUGCAAACAGAUCGAAGACCUACCCUCGGAUAGUCCCUUUUCCCUUUACAUCACAGUUUUGAAAAACCAACUGCGUGUUGGUCGGCUGGUUAAAAGAAUAAGAACCUGGUUCAAUGAAGGCCGGAAAGGUCCUUUUAGUUAUAGGUUUACAGGAAAAGAAACCAGAAUAUUUUGUCACAAAUUCAUGUUUGUGCUGCAUGCAUUGAGCCAAGCAACUGACCCACCUCAGACUAAGUUGAAGAUUGCAUCCAUAGCUUUCUGUUGCUUACAGUUAAGAGAUGCAAUAUCAUAUUUCUCUCGUGUAGAUAUUACCCUUGCUGAGUUAGAACAGUGCAAGAAGGCUUGUUUAUACCUUUUUAAUGCCAAUGCUCUGUUGUUAAAAUCAGUCACACCAACACUGUGGACUGUUGGUUAUGCUAUACCAAGACACAUAGAAAUAUUAUUUGAUAGAUACGGCAUGGGAUUGGGUAUCAAUAGUAUGCAAGGCCGAGAAGCAAAACAUGUAAGACUUUCUGAAUUUGCCAAACACUCCACAAAAUCAACAAGGUGGUCUAUGGUCUUACGUCAUGACUACAUGUGUAAUGUGUGGAUCCGCAUGAAUGAGCCUGGCCGUGUUUUGUACACAACACACAAACACCACUACAUACCUAGAGAAAUAGAGCUGGAAACUUUCUGUUAUUGUGGUUUCCCUAUAUGUAAAGGUCAGCAAUGUAGUAUUUGUAUAUCAGAUGUUUUUAAAGCUGUCGAAGAGACAGCAAUAGCUGGAGCAUUGAUCAAGGAAAUACAUAGAUAUAUAUAG